AUGCAAUCCACAAGAGGCACCCCGGGACCCACGCAGAGGGCUCCAGGGAGCUUCUCACCGCUGCCGGCCAUCACUAACUCCACUGGAGGUGUUAAUGCGGAUGGUAUAGUCCGUCCCCAUCGUCCGUCUCCGGGUCCGGUGCGCAUGAUCUCAGCCUCCACCUCCAGCAACGACGACCUCACGCCAUUGACCAUCCCUCGCUCAGCCAACCAGUCUACCGCCCCGUCGCCCCAGCCGGGAGGAGGUCUAGGCGCAUCAGGAUUUGGAGGAAGGCCAGCAGGAGGAGCAUCACCCGAACGACGAGGAGUAGGAGGAGGAACAACACCAACACCAACCCCCGGCCGCGAAUCAUCCGCGACUCCUAUCUACAGCAGCUUCACCUCCCAGGCCAACAGCGCCACCACCCCGAGUCUCCAGACCAACUUCUCGCGACCCACCCUAUCAAACACCGCCGCCCUGUCCGCCGCCGCCGCCCGCUCCGUCGCCGGGACACAUUCCCCGAUCGAUACGGCCCCCCGAAACGGGCCCUCUCCCCUGACCCUCCCGCCGACCAGCGCAACAACGUCCUCCACGCCCACUUCCUUCGCCGGCAGGGUAGGCGCACACUCGCGCAAACACUCGGCGAACGCGGGCCUGUUCGAGCCUACCCUGCCCUCGACGAGCACCUCCAACCUUGGUCAGUUCCAAGCCGACUCGCCCAAACUCGGCCCGACGGCGCAACGAGACAUGUCCGCCAGCCACAUUGCUGCGCAGGCAGCCGUCUCCAAGUCGCAGCUUAUCCAGCAACAGCAGCAACAACAGCAGCAGCAGCAGCAGCAACAGGCACCGACGUAUGCGCAUCAACACCUCCUUCAUCUACAACACCGUCAGCGGUCGCAAACGAUACCUCCAUCAACCGAGCAUAAUGAACAGACUUCGGUCGCGAACAAGCGCAUAAGCGGCGGUCCAAUGAGCCCUCCGAUGUUGAGCUUGACAGAGGCGAGCGCGCCGAGGGAUAACGUGUUUGGAAGUCAAGGCUAUCACAACGGCCUCCCCGGAAACCAUACCCUUGCUGCUACGGCGGCCGCGAACGUGGUGUUCCCGCGAUCGGCGCAAUCGUCGCCCAAACUGCCCACCCAGUCGACGAACCCCUUGACACCCACUCCACCGCCUGUCGUCGCCGAGAAACCCGUCGUCAAGUCGGAAAAGAGCAAGGUCAAGCUGUUUUCACGCCCUGGCAAGUCCAGCUCGAAGGGGGAAUCAUCCAAGGAUAAACCACUGCCUAGUCCCGGAAAGCUAGGACAUGCCUUUUCGAACCUACAACGGGCCAACUUCAGCACUACGAGUCUCGAAUCGACUAUGCAGCCAUUCUACGCCCAUGGCAACUCCUCAACCGCCACGAUACGGCCAGCCGAAGCUACGGAGAAGGAAGUGAAAGAGAAGGAGAAGAAGCAUGGGCAUUUCUUGAAACGACAAAAGGAAAAGCUGAUAGAGGCAUAUCACCUACCGCUGUCGUCAGCUUCGAGUAACUCCAGACCUACAGACCCUACGGCUCCCAGCAGUUUGUACAACUUCAACUUGCCAGCAAGUCCAGGUCCAGGCAGCAAUGCGUUUAAAUCCGGUCUUGAUUUGCGACACGGCGGUCGUGCACUGCGCGAGAAGAAGAACAAGGAGGACAAAAGCCUUGACGACGCGGCCUCGAGCUACAACCCUGGAGGCGACUGGCCUGGUCCAAGUAGCGUGAGCUCUGCCAGUGGCACUCUGGCUUCAGCCCUCUUCCACAAUGAGCCGUUUGACAGCCAAAAGUUCGGGCUCAACAAUAUGACCCUCGAUGACGCCUGGCCGUUUCUCAGGGCCAAGCUGCUUGUCAUCUUUGAGGCCGAGGACCUUCGUCUCCCUGUAGAGGAUCUAAAUCGUAUUGUGACGAUGCAUAUCCAGUACUGCAUAACGCGGCGCAGUCCAAAUAUCAUUAUUGAGGACAUCCGGGACUUUCUCACCACGGGGUUCUCGAGUCUUGACCAGAGUCUGAAGAAGACGCAGGAAGACCGGCUGAUUCCUGCCCUUGUCGAGCUUUGGAUCUUCACAUUUACCAGUAUCCUACCGUAUCUGCAAGCCGUCUUUCUACCGUUGGACAUGGAAUUUGCCGGCAACGGGCCCUUGAUGACACCAGACCAGGCCCGUGAUUUCUGGGGUGGUGUCCCAGCUAGUUUCGGCGUCAGCAUACCGGCCUCAUCUGUCCUUGACAUACGAAGACUGGUUCUCCUUUCCUUCCGAGAUAUCGUUAUUAUUCCUCGCUACGACACACUAAAGAUCAUGUUCUCGCGCCUCUCGCUCGAGUUCCUACCGCAGAACCUGGCCAACAUGGCCCUCUCCUCUCCGGUCCCCGUUCCCACUUCUGGGUUUCAAAACAUGGCUCAUAACCAAGGCAGUGUCUAUCAGUCCGCGCUCUCGACCUCGCCCUCGCAAGAGUCGCAGCUUUCGAUGUCCUUCGCUGGUAGUCUCCCAGCAACAAUGACAUUAGGCAUGGGCGCCGGCUUCGGUGCUGCCCCUCCACGGCCGAACACCUCCAUGUCCAACCCUGUUGGCGCUAUCGAUCCCUCUUACGCAAGCUAUAGCAGCAACGGCAUGGGCAUGGGCACCGGCGGCGGCGAUACCACUCCGGGAAGCGGUAACCGUUCGCGAACCAUUAGUAACGUCAGCUUCGGUAGCGACCACGGCAACGGCAACCGUCCUUUCACUCCAAGCAGCAUCCAAGCCCUCGGCGCCGCCUCCGCCCAAGCCGCCAUGUCCACCCCCAGCGGCGUUGGCAUCGCGAACCUCAACCUCAACAUGUCCCCACCCGUACAACAAUUCCCACCGCACGUGGCGCCGAGCAUAACCAGCAUAGGAAGCAACUCCAUCCAUGGCAGUCUCCGCGACCCUACGGGUGGAAGAACCGCUGACCAAAACGUCGAAGACUCCAAGCAAGUCACGGAAAUGGUCGGCCGCAUGCUCCAAUGCAUGUCCGUCCUAGCCUCCGUUUCCGCACCCACCACUCCUUCAAACUUCUCGUCAUCUUCUACAUCCUUAGGACAAAACCCCCGCGCCUCCACUACCAACCUUUCUUUCCAUAACACCUACUCCUCCUCGCAAACCUCAGUAGCAACAACAACCAUGACCAACGCUACCGUCCCCGCCUCUCCUUCUGGGUCGUCCGCAGCCGGCGGCUUACCGCCCCUGGUACAAACUAUGUCCUCGCCCUCGCAGUUUUCGUCUCCUUCAUCGCCGGCUACACCAACAGCUAACAGCCCUGGGCCACUACCGCCUCGCCCGUCGAUAUCGAGUUUGAGUGCAAGCUUGGCUGGGUUUGGAAGUAGAGAUAAUGGUUUUGGCAGAGAUAGUGUGCCCAACACACCCACUGGUACCGCCCCUCGAGAUUCCGCGACGACCAUCGCCGCUACUACCGCCGGUGGUAUCUCCGCAAAUGCGAACGGAGGUGGACCACCAGAUGAAUCCUCCCGCAUGAUCGAAGAACUCAACAAACUCCUCAAGCUGAACUGGCUCGGCCGUGGCCGAACCGGUCGUAACAGACGGGGAAUAGUAGGUGGAAGAGUUAAACGUGCUGGAGCCGGGUCUGGGUCCGGGUCUGCUUUGGCGUUUUCUAUGGGCGCUGGCUCGGGCUCUGGAAUGGGCAUGGGCUACGCCUCGUCCUACGGCGGUUAUUCUGGUCAUGGUCACGGAGGGGGAUAUGCAGGCUCGUCGUUAGGGACCGGACCGGCGGGUGUGAGCAUGAAUAGUCUGGGUACGAUGGGGAGUAUGAGUAUUGGGACUGUGGGCAGUGGGUUUGGGGGUGGACUGCAAGGGCAGGCUGAUAGGGAUACAACACAUAGAGGAGGAGGAAUAGCGAUGGGAGGGACGGGUUUAGGACUGGGUACUACCUCUACCUCCUCUGGUGUUGGGACAGGUAGCACAACAGCAAGUGGGGGGAUGAGUAGUCCCCCUACUACCCUUGCUGCUGGUGGUGCUGGUACCGUUGGAGCUGGAGCUGCUCUUGCGCCUGCUGGUAGUGCCAUGACUGGAGCUGGGGCUGGCAUGGCUGGUGGAGCUGGCACUAUCGGUGCCGGCGCCGCUAUGCCUGGUCCCCCUACUACUGUUGGGCCCGCCGCUCCUGGUGUAAGUGGUGGCCCCGGUGCCGGAUCAUCAUCAUCAAAUUCGAACUCGGAGGUUAUGGUCGACAAUUAG